GGAAAAUUGUAUUCCACAUAAAUCCCUAUCAAAAACUUGGAACUGUACCUAAACAACGAAGAAAGAGAGCAAAUUAAUCAGUCGUCUUGCACAAGUUUAUCACAAAAAUAUUGUUUAUUGCAUUACCAGUGUAGUGACAAAUUUAUGAAUCAUUUGGCAACGUGACCUUGGGUACACAAAUUCCAGGAAUAUUACGUAACUUCCGGUUUUUAAUACAGUAUGGCAACUUGGGAUGAGGUGCGAGAACUAGCUAACAAACUCAAAGAAACACAAAAUCAACCUAAUAUUUGUAAACUAUCUGAUAGAACAUGGGUCGAUAUUAUAAAACAUUUAAUGUCUGUGAAUAGAUUGAAACUGGUUUUCUCAACUGAUGGGCGAUCAUAUUUAACUCGGAACGAGCUCGAUAAGGAAAUUCGAGAUGAAGUUGAAGCACAUUCUGGUAGAAUUACACUUACAGAACUAGCAUCAAAUCUUGAUGUGGAUUUCGAUAUCAUUGAAUCAAGAGUCACUGAACUGAUAACCUUAGAUGCACAGAACAAGUCGCCUUGUCGUUUGAUCAGUAUACCUAGUGAAGUUGUCAACAGUUCAUAUGUUCGACGCGUAGCUCAUGAAAUACUUGAUCGACUAGAAGAGCAUGGUCAGACUAGUAUUGGUGAACUAACUGUCAUCUUUAAUCUGCCUACAACAUUCUUAUCGAGUAUUAUGCAAGAGUAUCAAAGUACUUUAUUUCAUGUACAUAAAUAUGGUGAGAAGUACUUUACAGAUACUUUCCUUAAUGCUACUAAGGCGAAAAUUCGAGGUUAUUUUACAGGUGUUAUCCGUCCUGUUACUUUAAGUUCAGUUGCUUCAAAGCUUCAAAUUCCUGAAAAUUUAAUUAAUAGUAUUGUCUCUAGUCUUAUCAGUACUGGUCGAUUGUAUGGUAAUCUGAUUGCCGGUCGUAGUGGCUUCGUUCCAAAAUGUUAUACUUAUGCUGAGGAUACAUACAUCAAUUCAUUUUACUCUCAGAAUGGAUAUAUUGAAUGGAACUAUUUAAAGCGAUUGAAUAUUCCUGAUCCAGGUUCAUAUUUAAAGACUAAACUUCCGAAUGCUAUGCAUCUACCAGGUCUUACGGUUAAUACAUUAAUAGUUGAUCAGUUAAAAUCUCUCAUUUCAGGGGUAAUCCGCGACGUAUCUUGGAUAGACUUAUCUCAUUAUAUUCCAAAUGGAUUAGAUUCAAGCAUUGAUGGUGAGAACGGUGAUUAA